AUGUCCGCAUUCACACGAGCGCCAUCGCGCCCCGUCGGAUCGAUAACGGCGGCGCGGUGCGGGCUCAACGUGUGCCCGCCGAGCACCGGCCUCCACGCAUCGUUCCCUCAGACCGGGUCCCUGAACCACCGAUUAGGCUCCAAUUCUUGGGCGAGGCGAGAGUCCGGGUGUUGUGAUGAAUAUGCGACACUUGCGAUUGGUGGUGGUGAGGUCAAUUGGUCGGUAAACGCGGUGCAGGGUGGUAUAGCGACGAGCGGAGUCGCGGCCGCGGCGGCGUGGAGCGUGCGGAGUGCCGCGUUCGGUCGGGCGGCGUGCGGCACGGGGCGAUGGGCGGGCGGGGGUCGCGGGGGGGUCGCGGGGCGGCGCAGCGCCGACCUCACGUCUAUGCGCGUAUCGAUGCUGCCUGCGUCGAACCCUUGUAAGUGGGGUAAGGGGUCUGAAACAACAUCUAACGGGCCCAAAUGUCAACCCCACCUGCACGUUCUGGAUUGCGGCGGCGGCCAAAAGGAGCCGUGGUACCCCCUGCUAGACAACCAACCGGAUCACACCGGUUGGAAGAGGCCUAACAAGCCU